AUGCCAGAAGCGAUGAGCAGCAUCAUGGAGCAAAUUAGUGCCGAUCCAUCUUUGGAUGCUUCGGGCAACAAGCGCAAGAGGAUCUGGGCUGCUUGUGAGCCUUGCCGCAAGCGCAAAUCCAAAUGCGAUGGCCAGAACCCGUGCGGAGGAUGUGUCUCCACCGUCAAAACGGCCAUGCUGCCGGUCAACGCAACCACAAUUCAGAACGGAACCAUCGACGAGGCCCUCGUCCAAGAAAAGGCGCAGGAGCUCUGUGUCUUUGACUGGAACCGCAAGCCGCGCGGACCCAAGGGCAAGAAAGCCGCUUUCGCCGCUGCAUUCGGCGUAGAGGACUCGAACAGCUUGGGCGCACCCCGCAGCCACGCUAGCGCUGGUACGGCGUACAUCGAAGCGCAGAAACGCGUCCUCGACGAAUCUCAGCAUCACACUGGCCGUCCCAUGGCCAGCGGCGACGCCGCACCCGCAUACCCCCUAACGGCUCCGAAUCAGCUCAGCUCGGCCUCUAGCUACAAUGUCUCGCCCGCUCAAGCAUCCAGCUGGCCGGAUACGUCAGCAAUGACGCCCUACACAAAUGGAUCGCCGCACUACCAGCAUUACUCGGCCAGUGCUGCCCUACAGACGUCCGGUUUCGGCUCCAACACUGCUUCUUACGUGUCCUCCUCAUCCAACGGCCGGCCCGAGCUUCACCACAGUGGGUCCAAUCACGGCGGGUCCAGCGAUAGCAGCUUCUUUUCCUCAUCCGAAUUCUCCUACGCCAACGGCGGACGACAGACGGAGUCCAACACCUCGAUCUCGAACUUUUCGCCUCCGAUCGUCUCGGGUCCUUCCUCGAGACCCAUGGGCACCGACGAGCGUCCUCUGAAACGCACCGCCUACGAAGCUCGUGGCAUUGAGGAUCUCGCUGGCAAGGCGUCGCUCAGUGCAUGGGAUGCCUUGGCCGAGAGUUCAAGCCAUCCGCGCUCCAACAGUGUCUCUAGCCUGCGACGCUCGCAAAACUCGGCAGGCACUUCACCGACCGAGUUCAAUCGCUACGGCGCUUCGCCCGCCCAAUCGCAAGGCUCUGGCGGCUUCCCGGCUGCGUCACCACAAUCGGAUGGCAGCGUCAAUUACUUCAAUGCAGCCACCAAGCUCUCGCCCAUGGGCGGCGACAAUGGCGACUCGCGCUAUCACGACCAGUCGAUGCUCAUCAACCGCCUCAAGCCGUACUACUCGGAGAAAGAUCGCCCCUUUGUGGCGCUGGCCAUCUCCCAGUUCGAGGCGCUCGACUCUUUCGAGAAAAUGAUCCCUUCGCGGUACCUGUUUGGAUCAGCACCCGGUGCGGGCGGGCGCGAACCACCAGCACAUGUGUUGCUAGCUCUGCUCGCGUUCUUGGCACAUCGCGCGUUGCUGCUGCCGGACAGCAUGAACAUCGAGGACCUCGAUCUGCAAGCUGGCGACGUUGUGAUGCGCUGCGCGAACAACUACGGCCGCCUCGAAGGCGAAGACCGCAAGCAGAUGCUGUCAUUCGCGCGUCGCAGUUGGUCGCUGGCUAACGACCUCAUGCUCCAAAAGAUUCGCAGCGGUGACGUCGAUCCCAGGCUCAUCAUCACGGGUAUGCUUCUCGAGAUGGGUGCUGGCGAGGAUGGUCUCAGCAGCAAAAGCCUCGUUCAGCGCAAGAUGUGGCUCUUCCGCCUUGCCUACUGCUGGCGACUCCACCAACUCGACGCCAAGCCCGACUCGGAAAGCUGGACCACGCCUUGGGAUGGCCCCGAGGUGCUGCAGAAGGCGCUCGACAUCUCGGGCGGCUCCGCCACGGAAGAUCCGCGAGCGCCGCUGCCGCGCGCCGCAGACACACGAACCAUGAUUAAGGAUCCCAUCGAGCUCGAGGCCAUCCGCAGACAAGUCUCACUCAUCGUCACAGCAGCAUACUGGGUGCAGACGGCAGAGCUGCAGGUGCCCAAGUUCGACGUCUAUACCAUGGAGCUCGAACCUGCCAAUGCGGACGAUUACAUCCACCAUGGGUCCAAUUGGACGCCCAAGGUGCAUCCUGCUUCGAACGGAUACCUUACGCAGACGCGCGACCUCAUCUUCCGCACCUACGGCCGCCUCACGCGUCUGCUGCACACGCCUCUUGCCGACAUUUGCACCGGCCACUCGCCAGAACCGGAUCUGCAGCAGGCCAUCACCGAGAUGGAGACGACGCUAGACUGGCUCGUUGAGCGCAUCGGCUCGGUCACCUACGACGGCCCCGAGAUGCCGUUGCGUGUCGCGGCCUUCGUCCAUUCGCGCAUGGUGGCCCUGCUCAUGUACCGCCUGUUCACCUCGAUCCAGGCAUUCUUCUUCCUUUUCCCCGAACGCACCACGGCCAAGACGGACAAGUCGCUUCGCAUCGCAUCGACGCUGAUGCCUAAGAACGAGCAGCGUUCCAACUUCGAAAUGAUCGCCGGAGGUAGCAUCGCACCCGAGUCUGAGAGCGAGGACGACGCUGCGGCUGGGCGCGACUUCCAAGGGCGAAAGCUGUUGCCGCGACCGCAAUUCUCGCGACACCCGAUGAAGGCGUCGAUGGCGGUUCUUUGGGAAACAGGUGCGGUUGCCAAGCGCCUCUUGUCGCUACACCGAGCUCGCGACGCUGCGCUGGAGCCUAUUGAGGGAGGUGAUACCGAAACGUGGAAGAGCGGCGAAGGAGAAAAGACGGGCAACGAGGUCGGGAAAACUAUGGAUGCGUCUCUGCGUGCGGUGCGUUGGCCGCGCCACUUGCGGCUCUUUGCACAGCACGCCUACGCCAUGGCCGCCGAGGCACACGUUGCAGGCGCCUCGUGGUGGGACACAUACGGCGAUAGCCCUGGAUGGAAGAAUCCAGCCUCGUUCGAUCUGCUGCCCGAGUUCAGCAACGAGCACAUCGAGACCGGACUGUGGGACACGGGCGACGCGUUCCUCGAGUUGCUCGAAGCCAUGGCCAAGAUGGGCAGCACGCAUGCACGAAGCAACGAAGAAUCGACGCUGCGAUACCGACAAGAACGAUGGAAUUGGGCCAAACGAUACCAGCAGCCACCGAGUGGGCUGACGAGCAUGCCCAAUCCAAAGUAG